CGAGCUGAGAGCGACGCGGACAUCAGCCUGCGCGGCCCCGAGCUCGCAGGAGGAUACGCAUCGCGUCCCGGGCCCUCUCGUGCCCCCCCCCCCCUUCCUCCUGUGUCCGCCGCAGAACUUCGCGCCGGGCCGGCUUCAUCAUCAUCAGCAGCAUCAUCAUCAGCAGCAGCAGCAUCGUCAAGAGCUGGUGUGCUCCUCUCCCCGUGCCGGCCCUGGCCGCGUCUCCCCGGCCCCCCGCGAUGCCCUCGCGGCGCGGGGGCUGCGAAUCGAGCGCCGUCCUCGUCGCCGACUUCGCGGACGCGGGACCCCUGAGCGAGGACGUGCAGGCUGAGCUCGUCGCGCUGUUCGGAGCGCAGGGAGGCCGCGUGGCGUGGCCCCGCGUGCAGGAGGAGCAGGAGGAGAGGGGGGCGGAGGAGGAGAGGGGGGCGGAGGAGGAGGAGCGGGGGGGGGCGCCCCCCCCCCGCGUCGCGGUGCAGUUUGCGAGCCCCGAGGCGGCGGCGCGAGCGCGCUCGGCGCUGCACGGGACGCGGCUCCCAGGGGGGGGCACGCUGCACGUGCACGCGGCACACGCCGUGAUGGGGGACCCCCAGAGUCCCGGGGCGUCGCUGGCCCCACCCCAGCCGGGCCGCGUGUGGCUCAUCUCCCCCCCCGGGUCCCCCCCCGAGGGGUGGCAGCCCAGGCCCGACCCCGCGCCGCUCGUGAACUACGACCUCCUGUGCGCCAUCGCGCAGCUGGGACCCGGAGACAAGUACGAGCUGCACGCCGGCACGGAGCGCACGCCCAGCGUGGUGGUGCACGUGUGCGAGGGCGACGCCGAGGCCGCCGCCGCCGCCGCCACCGCCCCCAAGAUCGAACCGACCCGCCGACCCGAGGCCGCGCCGCCCGCCACGGCACCCUGAGCAGUGCGGCGUGGACCACGUGGCGCGGCGUCACGAGACCACGUGGCACGACGCACACGGCACAACGCACGCGGCGUCACGAGACCACGUGGGCACAACGCACGCGGCACAACGCACGCGGCACAACGCACGCGGCGUCACGAGACCACGUGGCACGACGCACACGGCACAACGCACGCGGCGUCACGAGACCACGUGGGCACAACGCACGCGGCACAACGCACGCGGCACAACGCACGCGGCGUCACGAGACCACGUGGCACGACGCACACGGCACGACGCACGCGGCGCAGGAGAACCCACGCGACACAACGCAGAUGGCACAACGCACGCGGCGCAAUGCAGAUGGCACAACGCAGAUGGCACAACGCAGAUGGCACAACACACAGGGUGCAACGCAUGGAACAACACGCCGCACAACACGCACGGCACAGCAGAACCCACGUGGAACAACACGCGGCACGGCACCUGCAGCAUUCACAUCACAAACCAUGUGGCACAACGCAUGCAUCGCACGAUCACCAGUACACGUGUGUAUGUGUGUUGAACUAGGACUGCUUUAGAUAAUCGUCCCACUGGCCAGUAAGUGUCACUGAAAUUCCAUCACGAAGCGCCGCUGAUUAGAACUCACCACACACACACACACUCCAGUUCCCAUCACUAACUAAACAUUACUAAUUACUCGCCAUUCCUAAUCACCGCGAACCACUGAGCACCACCAAUAACCAUGAAUCACAAACCACCGCUCGUAAACAUUUACGUGCGUUGAACGUCUUUCGCGCCGUACGUAGCCAACUGUGCUCAUCUUGCUACGGCUGCGGCUCGACACCAACAGCACAAACAGCACGGCACUGGCACCGCGUCUCAAACAGUACACGAUCGCAGCACUAGCAGCACACUCCCUCUCACGCACAGCACUAACACACGAUCACAGCACUAGCAGCACACCUCUCAUACACACAGCACUAACAGCACAGGAUCACAGCACUAACAGCACACCUCUCAUACACACAGCACUAGCAGCACACUCCCUCUCACACACAGCACUAACAGCACAGGAUCACAGCACUAACAGCACACCUCUCAUACACACAGCACUAACAGCACAGGAUCACAGCACUAACAGCACACCUCUCAUACACACAGCACUAACAGCACAGGAUCACAGCACUAACAGCACACCUCUCAUACACACAGCACUAACAGCACAGGAUCACAGCACUAACAUCACACCUCUCAUACACACAGCACUAACAGCACAGGAUCACAGCACUAACAGCACACCUCUCAUACACACAGCACUAACAGCACACUCCCUCUCACACACAGCACUAACAGCACAGGAUCACAGCACUAACAGCACACCUCUCAUACACACAGCACUAACAGCACACUCCCUCUCACACACAGCACUAACAGCACAGGAUCACAGCACUAACAGCACACCUCUCAUACACACAGCACCACUUGCACGGGAGACACUCACAGCUGACACCGCCGCGUGUCGCUCCGGCGAGGGAGCACGCAUCCUCGUCUCUUACCCAGGGCCUACUUUCCCACUCGUUAUUUUUCGGGUCGCCGCCAAGGCUGGAGAAGGUGGCCCGCAGCCAGAGCGAGAAGUGUACUACGUGCGGUGUGACGGGUGCGGAACUAUUUUCCGGGCCACCAAACUGGCCAGACACGACCUGAAAUGAAUCCCUGACCACCGUGUGACCACGUGCAUGCGUGGCCCUGCCAGGGCCGCAGAUCUGCCACAUUUUUCCAUAGAUCCAUCCACGUGUUUCCAGAGAUCUGUCAUGUGUUUGCUUGAAUGACCCACGGAGUAGAGGGCAUCCAAGGGUCACUGCACCCCUCGUAAGGCUCACUGCUGAUUCCCAUCGUAGCGAGUGUGUGCAAAGUUCGGCAAAGAUUUGGUGAACUUUCACCCCCCCCCCCUCCUCCUUCCCUCAUCUCAUCAUAUCUCGGAAGCUAAGCAGUCGUGAGCCUGAGCUUGGACGGGUGACAGAGGUCGCAAACGGGUUUUGAUUCCUUAACCGUACCCGGCCACACCAGGGUCGCAAACGGGUACCCGUACCCGGCCGGGUACGGGUAGGGUACGGGUAUCGGGUACCUGAUUGCGACCUCUGGGAUGAAGCCAUGUUGCAGGCGCGGGUGGGUUGAUUCUAGGAACUUGAAUUGUGAGAAGAGACAAGACGUUGGGAAAUGAGUGACAAACGGUUACUCACCAGUGACUCACGGCCUACCCGUACCCGGCCGCAUCAGGGUCGCAAUCGGGUACCCGUACCCGGCCGGGUACGGGUAGCCGGGUAUCGGGUAGGGUACGGGUAUCGGGUACCCGGUUGCGACCUCUGACGGGCGACUACUGUGCUCAGCAGGUUGCUAUCGGCUGAAAUUCAGCUCUGGGGUAUAAGCCCCCAGCUGCCGAUUGGUUGCCGACUUACGAUUGGCAGAAAGAGGUUGUGCUCUCGCUCGGUAGUUCUUGCUCAGUCGGCAACAGUGAGAAUUGCCCGAUUGCAGGGGUUUGUCUUUUAAUUUUUGACAACAUUUUUUCAUUUUUCGAAAAAGAUGUACGGCCAGAUGUGAACGGGGGAGGGGACUUUGUGGCGCAGGCAUCGCCCGACGUGAACUCGCGCACUGCCCACGCGGAGCCCACAACGCCCUCGACACGAACCCUCCCGUGGGUCCCGAGAACCCCGACAACGCCCGCGUCUCGGCACGGCGCAGCGAAAGAGAAGCGGUGGUGGGGAGGGGGGUCCGUGGGGGGAGGCCGUGAGUGGGGGGGGGAAGGCCGUACAUCCGCUUGCGGUGGUCCCGCUCGGCCGCGCGAGGCAGCAAUCGCCGUGGUAACGACCCUCGCCCCCCACCACCCGCUUCACCGCUCUGGGAACGCGAGGUUCCUGGGAGACACCCGGCGGGGUUUAGCCGGCCACGCUUUGUUUGCGCGGAGAGCGGCGGCGCGGGCGGGAGACCCCGUGGGCCACGCACGACCCAUGGCUUCGUUGGGUGCGGCGCGCGGGAAACCACGGGGUGGUUGGCAUGAGUGCCUACGUACGGUGCGAAAGAAGUUCAACGUAACGUAACGUACGUACGUGCAAUGCAGGGUGCUUCAAAAAAAAGUUAACACUUCAGAGAAUUUGCAACAAUACCACGAGAAAUGUGCCUCCGGGUUCUGGAGACCACUUGGAGAAGAUUCCAGGCGUGCGUUGACAACGAUGGCGAACAAGUGGAGACUUUUUGAAGCUAUUAACAUCACAUUUGUCAUAAUGUUACAGUGUAUUAUCCGUUCUUUUUCCAUUAAAAACGAUAGUCCCAUAUAAGUGUUAAAAAAGAUUCGAAGCACCCUGUAAUUUUUCCCGGUUGCUCAGUAGACUUGGGAGGUCGGGUGGCAUGUGACUCGUAGCAACGUCCAAAGCAAUUACAUGUGUGCGAGACGCCGUGUGCCUGCCGUGAGAAAUAUUUGUUUCGGGUCGCUGACGCAGACAGAGCCAGCUGAAAUUAAGCCCCUGGGUGAGUGACCACUUCGAAAUGGCCUACAAACUGUACACACACACACAUUAGCGUCUUAGUUGGACAUGUGUCAAAACGAACUUCGCAUCUCAUCAGAUUCCUCCUGCAGCCGAAAUAAAGACUCCGAUUCUUAGCCGCACUAGUCGGGUGCUAGAGGGGGACGAAAACAUUUUCCCGAUGACCUGGCCACAACAACAACGCUGUGUCUGAUUGUAACGGCGCGCCUCGCAGCUGCUGUCACUCACAGAGAGCUCCGGCACGCGCCUGUGUUUGUGUGUUAACGUGUCGCUCUCUGGCAAAAGGCAUUUAAAAGUCCUCCGUAAGCAAGAGGUUUCCCUGCCCCCCGACCCUGGCGUAGAAUGUAGACCGUGGUAGUGUGGCAUUGCCCAGCCUGGCUGUCGCGACUGUAAAUACACUACUGCCUUGCUGCUGCUGCUGCUGCCGCCGCCGCUUCUGCUGCAGGGAGUACGCGUGGAAGGCAAUUCCAGCUCCCGGGCCACUUAAGAGGCCCCCGUCUGCUCUGUGCCCGCUGUGGCCUCCCCCGUCGUGCGGGUGGUGGCGAUGAACACGGUGUACAUACUGAGAGGAGGCGCAUGUGCUCACAACCCCCACCCACCCCUCGCUUGUAAAUACUUUUGUAAAUUGCGCGAUCGCCGCGUGUGUUUGUUGCCGUGCUGCCCCGACUUCAAAUAAACGUCCCCACGUGU